CACUCUGCUGAUCCCAACUCAGAGUCAGAGAGGCGGAGGGAAGAGGAAAGAAACAGAGGGAAGGGAAAAUGGUCUUAAUCUCCGCUUCCUCCCCCCUAAUUUCCCCAUUCUCCUUCCCUUCAAGAAAAAAACCUCUUGUGGCCUCUCCCACCGUUCCUCGUACCAGAGAAUCCUCUCCACGGUUCCAAUUCCCAUCGCGUACCCUCCGCCCGACUCCUCUCAGAACCCUCAAAUGCUUAUCCCGGAGGCAAUCCACUGAAGAGUUCGAGAGGCUCUUCUCCAACCUCAACCAGGCCACCAUGAAAAGAGAGCCGGGCAGCGUUACCAGUGGAAUAUUUUUGGUGACCGGCACGACGGUAGGUGCAGGUAUCCUUGCUAUCCCUGCAGUCACACAAGAAGCUGGAUUUCUGGCCUCUGCAAUAACAUGCAUUCUUUGCUGGAUAUAUAUGGUUGUGACAGGAUUGUUGAUUGCAGAAGUAAAUGUAAAUACAAUGUGUGAGCUUGGUUCUGGAGGUGUCUCAUUGGUGUCAAUGGCCACGAGAACGCUUGGAAAACUUGGAGUUCAAACUGCUUGCUUGUCGUACAUAUUUAUACAUUAUGCUCUUCUUGUUGCUUAUGUGGCCCGUUCUUCAGAGAUUUUGACAAAUUCCUUUGGCAUUCCAUUAUGGGAGAGCGCAACCUUGUUUUCAUUGGUUUUUGGAGGCAUAUGCUACUUUGGAAGCCAGCGAGUUAUUGGUGCAAUUAACGGAUGUUUGGUAUUCGGUAUUAUCGUGUCUUUCACAUUUCUUGUGGGAGUGGCAAGCGGAGAGCUGCAAUGGAAUUCUCUCCUUCAGGCCCAUUUUGAGGCCAUCCCACAAAGUAUACCGAUAAUUGCACUUGCUUUUGUUUACCAGAAUGUAGUUCCAGUUCUUUGUACAAAUCUUGAGGGGAACUUGUCAAAAGUGAGGACUGCAAUUGUCUUUGGCACUGCUGUUCCCCUUGUUUUGUUUCUUAUUUGGGAUGCUGUUAUUCUUGGAACUAUACCAAAUCUGAGUACAAGCAGCAGUGAUGUCAGUGACCCAUUAGAGCUGCUACGAUCCAACAAUGGAAUCGUUGGACCAAUUGUUGAGGCAUUCUCAUUUCUUGCAAUAGCCACAUCAUAUAUUGGAUUCGUUCUAGGACUUUCAGACUUUGUUUCUGAUUUGCUUAAACUGCCAAGUGGCCAGAGCAAACCUUUCCCAUAUCUGCUGACUUUACUACCACCUCUGGUAUUAUCAUUGCUUGAUCCAGAGAUAUUUUUCAAAGCCUUGGAUUUUGCUGGAACUUAUGGAGUUUUGGUGCUCUUUGGAGUUCUUCCAGCUGCGAUGGCUUGGUCAGAGAGAUAUUUAGAUGCCUCACAAUCUCCAAGGCUUCCCCCACUGGUUCCUGGUGGAAAGUUAACUCUCUCCAUUGUCCUCGGAGGCGCCCUGGUUGUCAUAUUCUCAGAGAUAUACAAGGAUGUCAUAAACCAAUAGAAUAGAAGAUGGCACAUUAGUACAUUAGGAGAAAAAAUUAACAGCCCACAAGAAAAUCUCCCUUGGAACAUCUCAGAUGUCUUAAAUUUGUUAUGCGAUGUCAUGUAAAAAAAAUAUGCUACUUUAACAUUUUGUUGCUUCUUGAUUUUAUACUAUUCCUAAGGUGGUGGCUGUUUGGCUUGAAUGUUCUCGAGAAAUGGUGACUUGCUUUCAUAAAUCAAAAUUGCUUCUUUAUUGUUUCA